CUUUGUGGAAUAUUUUCGCGUUGUUUUCUUGCAUUUUAUGUAUUGUUGAAGGAGACAUACUACGAUUGGAUGCUUGUAACAAAUUUUACGCCUUCUUCAAUGUUGUAUUUAAAAAUGCCCUACUGACAAAUACUGUGUUUCAUUGGUUGAGAAAAUUUCUCUCGAUCAAUGCUUGAUCAUGUGCACGCAAUAUCCAAAAUGUCAUUCAUUCAGCUACAUGAUUCACCAUUCACAAUGCAGAAUGCAUCAUUCUACCACUGCUGACAAUGAAACACUUUUACAAAACACGAAUGGAUGGGUGCACUAUGAAACAACGGAGAAUGAGCAAAAUUUGGGUCCGGUCUGUCAGAAAAAGAAACCAUGCCAGUAUGGCAGAUGCGUGGACACUUGUGAUAACAAAGGUUUCAAGUGUAUUGGUUGUUCAGGAGAAUGGAUUUCGUUAAAGCGAGGAGUGUGCUUUGGAACAAAGGUAAAUGAAUUUGGAACAUUCAAAAUACCAAACAGAGGGGUAUUGGCUGGUGUGAGGUUGCAGCACGUGGGUGGAUCUGGUGUAACUUGUGGUCCAGUAAGUCGUACAAAUUGGGGUUGCGAUGCUGUAUCAAAUUAUGAUAACAAGGAUAAUGUUCGUGUUGCUGUUACAGAUGAUCAAAAUAACAUACUCUAUCCAAAUUGGAAAUUUCAUAUUAACCACGGCUAUUACAACAUUUCAGGAUACAAUGCCUAUUCACCCACAAUAAUAUUUAACUCAACAAACCAUACCGUCUAUAAAGAACAAGAGCUAAGAUUGCACUAUGCAGAGACAUUGUUCGCCGCAAAUCCGAGUAAGAACAUGGGCGAAUCCUGUGCUGACGUAUCUGCUAUUUUAUGCGACGAAUAAACAGUAUGUAUCGCUAAUUUCACGCGAUGCGAUGAGGUGCGAACGACACAGCGAGUUAAUUAACGCGUUACAU